CUAGUUUUGGGGGGCUUCUCUUCUUCUGCGCGUGAGAUUUCGGACUGCGCACUGAUCACUUUGGAUUUUUUUCUCAGAGGGGGACGCGGUUGGACUUAGUUUGUUCCUCGCGCGGCUUCUGGUCUGGACUGUGGACUUAACUGGGUCGCCUUGUGGACUACGGAGAUCCGGACGAGGUUGGUCCUUCAAGCUGGAGCGUCGUCCCCCUGCGACCCUGACUCCAACCCGGCCCACAGCGCACAGCGGGGGGUCCGGAAGACCGGGAUUAGGAGCCCAGGGGCCGCGGGAACGCUAGUCCACACCAGGGCUCUCGGGAUGGGGGCCAUCGCCGACUCUGGCGCCGUGCAAGCUUCUGGCCUCGGCCGGGGGGCAGUCGCCCUGCGGCGGGCCUGAUCCACACCUCAAGGGAGCAGGCCGCACCUUAAGGGAGAAUUCCGCACCUUAAGGGAGGCAGGCCGCUCCUGCAGGGAUCUGGCUGCACCGUAAGGGAGCAGGCUGCACUUUACGGGAGCCGGCCGUAUUUUAAGGGAUAAGGCCGCACUUUAAGGGAGUAUUCCGCUUCUUAGGGAGCCAUCAGCACCUUAAGGAUCAGGCAGCACCUUAAGGGAUCCUGCCGCACCUUCAGGGAGCAUUCUGCACCUUCAGGGAGCAUUCUGCACCUUAGGGGAGCAUUCCGCAACUUAAAGGAUUAGUCCGAAGGAGGGACCCCAUCCCAGCUCGAGGCUCCAAAACCCGGGCGGGAUCAUGCUGUCGCCAUGGUACCCGUCGCCGACGUUCCACCCGCUGCUCCGUCUUGGGCUCCUGCUCGCCUCGCUCUGCCUGGCAGCCGGCGCCGUCACCCAGCAGCACCCCGUGGUGACCACCAACUACGGCAAGCUGCGGGGCGUGAAGGUCACCCUGCCCAAUGAGAUCCUAGGCCCCGUCGAGCAGUACCUGGGGAUCCCGUACGCCCUGGCGCCCACUGGGGAACGCCGCUUUCAGGCCCCCGAGCCCCCCAUGUCGUGGCCGGGGAUCCGGAACGCCACGCUGUUUGCUCCAGUCUGCCCGCAGUACCUAGAGGACCGGUACCUGCUCAACGACAUGCUGCCUGUCUGGUUCACGGCCAACCUGGACACGGUGGUGACGUACGUCCAGGACCAGAGCGAGGACUGCCUCCACCUCAACAUCUACGUGCCCACGGAGGACGACAUCCAUGACGAGAAUGGGCUGAAGCCGGUGAUGGUGUACAUCCACGGGGGCUCCUACAUGGAGGGCACCGGCAACAUGAUCGACGGAAGCAUCCUGGCAAGCUACGGCAACGUCAUCGUCAUCACUAUCAACUACCGCCUGGGGGUGCUCGGCUUCCUGAGUACGGGCGACCAGGCGGCCAAGGGGAACUAUGGUCUGCUGGACCAGAUCCAGGCUCUCCGCUGGGUGAAGGAGAACGUCUCCGCCUUCAAGGGCGACCCCAAGAGGGUGACCAUCUUCGGCUCCGGGGCGGGGGCCUCCUGCGUCAGCCUGCUCACCCUGUCACACUACUCUGAGGACCUCUUUCAGAAGGCCAUCAUCCAAUCCGGCACGGCCCUCUCCAGCUGGGCCGUCAACUACCAGCCGGGGAAGUAUACGCGCGUGCUGGCCGAGAAGGUGGGCUGCAACAUGCUGGACAGCAUUGACCUGGUGGAGUGCCUGCAGAAGAAGUCCUACAAGGAGCUGGUGGAGCAGUACGUCACCCCCGCCAAGUACCACAUCGCCUUCGGGCCGGUCAUCGACGGUGACGUCAUCCCAGACGACCCUCAGAUCUUGAUGGAGCAGGGCGAGUUCCUCAACUAUGACAUCAUGCUGGGCGUCAACCAAGGGGAGGGGUUUAAGUUUGUGGACGGCAUCGUUGACUCCGAGGACGGCGUCUCUGCCAACGAUUUCGACUUCGCCGUGUCGGACUUCGUGGACCAUCUCUACGGAUACCCCGAGGGGAAGGACACCCUCCGCGAGACCAUCAAGUUCAUGUACACGGACUGGGCGGACAAGGAGAACCCGGAGACGCGCCGGAAGACGCUGGUGGCACUGUUCACGGACCACCAAUGGGUGGCGCCGGCGGUGGCCACGGCCGACCUCCAUGCGCAGUACGGGUCGCCCACCUACUUCUACGCCUUCUACCACCACUGCCAAAGCGACAUGAAGCCCAGCUGGGCCGACUCGGCGCACGGAGACGAGGUCCCGUAUGUCUUCGGGAUCCCCAUGAUCGGACCGACCGACCUGUUCAACUGCAACUUUUCCAAGAACGACGUGAUGCUCAGCGCCGUGGUCAUGACCUACUGGACCAACUUCGCCAAGACUGGCGACCCGAACCAGCCGGUCCCCCAGGACACCAAGUUCAUCCACACCAAACCCAACCGUUUCGAGGAGGUGGCCUGGACCAAGUACAACCCCAAGGACCAGCUGUACCUCCACAUCGGGCUGAAGCCACGCGUCCGCGACCACUACCGUGCCACCAAGGUGGCCUUCUGGCUGGAGCUGGUGCCGCACCUCCACAACAUCAACGACAUCAUCCAGUAUGUCUCCACCACCACCAAGAUCCCCCCGCAGGACACCACGCCGUACCCUUACACCAAACGCUUCCCGGGGAAGAACAACUGGCCCUCCACCACGCGGCACCCGGGGCUCCCGCCGGCCAACACCAAGCAGGGCACGGACCAGCGGAAGGGCGGGAACGACAACGGCGAUCCCGGCGACGGGUCAGCGGUGGUCAUCGAGACGAAGAGGGACUACUCCACGGAGCUGUCGGUGACCAUCGCAGUGGGUGCCUCGCUCCUCUUCCUCAACAUCCUGGCCUUCGCCGCACUCUACUACAAGAAGGACAAGCGGCGCCACGACUCCAAUCGCCGGCUCCCCACGAUGCCGCAGCGGGGCGGGGAGUGUGGCGGGAGGGGCCUCGGGCCCGGCUCGGCCGCUGCUGCCGCCGCUGCUUCCGCCAGCACCAACGAUGUGGCGCACCUGCAGAGCGAGGAGCUGAUGAGCCUGCAGAUGAAGCAGCAGCAGCAGCAGCUGCUUGAGCACGAGCACCUCCAGGAGCACCUGCAGGAUCACCUGCACCUGCAGGUGCAGCAGCAGCAGCAGCACCUGGAGUGCGGCGUGGCUCUACAGGCUCACGACGCGGCUCUGGCGCGGCUGGCGUCCCCGCCAGACUACACACUGACGCUGAGGCGCUCGCCGGACGACCUGCCCUCCAUGAUGGCGCCCAGCACCAUCACCAUGAUCCCGGGCUCCCUGGGCGGCAUGCAGCCACUGCACAACACCUUCAACACCUUCGGCGGAAGUCAGAACAGCACCAACCUGCCCCAUGGACACUCCACCACCAGGGUAUAGCUCCACCCCCGGAGGGGCCUGGAGGAGGAGGUCCAGGUGGGGUCUGGGACCGGGUGGACUAACCGACGCAGGGGGGGUUUGUAGUUGGACGCGGAGACCCUGGAUGGGGUAGGA